AAACUGAAAUGUGAAUUGCACUGAAUUGGACUAAUUCGCUUUCGCACAGUAUUUUCUUUAUAUUUUAUAUUUAAAAAAAACAGCUACAAAUAAAAUAAACAUAUAGAAUGCAAAGGAAGAAGGAGAGAAUAUUUACUUGUACGAUACGCAAUGAUUGAUGUCAAUUAAUUAAUGCCCCUGGCUCGAGUGCGUUUUGUUUUACCAAAAAAGAAAAAAAGGAAAAUAUUCUAUAAAUAAAUGGAUUGACGAGCGAAAAAAAAUGAAUUGCACAUUUUGUCGAAAUCAAAAUUGUGUUAAUUAAAUUACUUGCGGAUUGAAAAAGCAUGCCAAUUUGGACAAGUUUAAUCAGGCUUCUAAGAAGGCGAAUUGUGCUUGGCCUGAUUUUUGGUUUAUCGCUUACUUAUUGCGCCGUUUCUCUUCUUCGUCAGGAAGGAAAGAGCAUUUCGUUUGAAAAUGAUUUUGAAGAUAUUGACGAUAAUACAUUCCUUAAUGAAAAUGAGGACAAUAGCGACGAGCAAGUUUCAAUGAAAUCAUCACUUUGGGAAAUGGAUGUUUUAGAUGAUAAUAAUAUUGAUUCUUUGGAAUCAAUCGGGGGCCAAGAAAAUAACGAUUCAUCUAUUCAUUGUCGGAAUUCUAUUCAGGGCAAAGUUUUAAUUGUCGAUGAGAAGGGUUACGUUUGUUUACGAAGAGAUAUUUUGGCCAGUGGCUGUUGCAAUCCAGAAUUACCAAAGAAUUCGCAGGACGAACAAGCAGUGACAACGAAAAAAAGGGACAAAUACAGUUGCGAGACUUGCAAUUCGCAGGGAUGUUGCGCCAUUUACGAAUAUUGCGUCUCUUGUUGUCUACAUCCUGGAAAGCAUCGAGUGAGGAGUAAAAAGCCAGUGGAAAAUCGAGAGGGAAAAGGACAGAGGGGCGAGGAGGUGUUAAAACUUCGUCUACGUGCUUUAGAUAGAUUUCAAUUUUGCCUUGCAGCUUGUCGUACAUCAAGUGCAAGUGUUCGUCACGAAAAUACUUACAAAAAUCCACACUCGAAACACUGUUACAAUCCUUACGCUCCAAUGUCACAUCGUCGUACACAAAGAGAUUUGGAGACAAUUAAUAGUCAUAACAACAACAACAAUAAUAAUAACAACAUUUUUACAUCUUCUUCUGUCUAGAUUUUUCAAAUUUUCAACAACAAAUUUCACUUUUCUCCAACCCCUCUCCUCCCGACGAGAAAAAAAAAAUUUAAGAAGAUUUUCUUCUGCUUUUUGUUUCGUUCUUUCGGUCAAUUAAUUAGUUUUAAUAUUAAUAAUUAAUUAUUAAAUAAUUAAUUAAUUAAUACUGUAAGUUAUUCUAUUUAAAUAUUAUUUGUAUUUAUUUACUAGCAA